AUAGAAAUUCUCUGUUCAGAGGGAUCUUGGUGCCCAAAUUUCUGGAAAAUCCUGGAGGCUUCUAGAACCUCGCAGCUAAGUGAUGACUGAAGAGUUUUGUCUAAUGAUGAAAGCCUAACUCGCCAUGCCAUUUCACAGCAGUGAUAGCUUACUGGCAAGUGGAGAGUUCACUGGAGACUGUGGUGGGUCAGUGUGACAACCAACCACUGCCAAAGAUGGGAAAUACCUUGGACUCCCUCAUAUCAAAGGGGAAAGAGGGUGGAGCUUCUUGGGGAUGGAAAAGUUUCAAGGUUAUGAAUCAUGUUGCUGAAGGCAGGCAGAACUUCCAAGUCACGCUAUUUAUUAAAGGCAGCAGAUGCUGUUAUUCAUGGCAGAGUGAACUGAGCAUCACUAGAAAGCAACCCAGUUUGCAGACCCCAAACCCAAGAGAGCCAGAAUGGGCACUGCUGGAAAAGUUAUUAAGUGCAAAGCAGCUGUGCUGUGGGGAAUGAACCAGCCCUUCUCCAUCGAGGAAAUAGAAGUGGCCCCACCAAAGGCUAAGGAAGUUCGUGUUAAGAUUUUGGCCACAGGCAUCUGUCGCACCGAUGACCAUGUGAUAAAAGGAGCAAUGGUGUCCAAGUUUCCAGUGAUCGUGGGCCAUGAAGCCGUUGGGGUUGUAGAGAGUGUGGGAGAAGGCGUCACUACAGUGAGACCAGGUGACCAAGUCAUCCCCCUCUUCCUACCACAGUGUAGAGAAUGCAAUGCCUGCCGUAACCCCGAGGGCAAUCUCUGCAUUCGGAGCGAUCUGACAGGCCGUGGAGUACUGGCCGAUGGCACCACCAGGUUCACGUGCAAGGGCAAACCGGUGCAGCACUUCAUGAACACUAGCACCUUCUCGGAGUACACGGUGCUGGACGAGUCUUCGGUAGCUAAGAUCGACGGCGCGGCUCCUCCCGAGAGAGCCUGCCUCAUUGGCUGUGGGUUUUCGACGGGCUAUGGGGCUGCCGUUAAAACCGCCAAGGUCAGCCCAGGCUCCACCUGUGCUGUGUUCGGCCUGGGAGGAGUUGGCCUGUCCGUCAUCAUGGGCUGCAAGGCAGCUGGCGCCUCCAGGAUCAUUGGAAUUGACAUCAACAAAGACAAAUUCCAGAAGGCCCUGGCUGUAGGCGCCACUGAGUGUAUCAGUCCCAAGGACUCCACCAAGACCAUCAGCGAGGUGCUGUCAGACAUGACGGGGAACACCGUACAGUACACUUUUGAAGUUAUUGGCCGUCUUGAAACCAUGGUUGAUGCCCUCUCAUCUUGCCACAUGAACUAUGGAACCAGUGUGGUGGUUGGUGCUCCUCCAUCGGCCAAGAUGCUCAGUUAUGACCCAAUGCUGCUCUUCACUGGGCGGACAUGGAAGGGCUGCGUCUUUGGAGGUUGGAAGAGCAGAGAUGAUGUCCCCAAACUGGUGACUGAACUCCUGGAGAAGAAGUUUGACCUGGACCAGUUGGUAACCCACACUUUGCCUUUCAAAAACAUCAAUGAAGGAUUUGAAUUGCUUUAUUCAGGGCAAAGCAUUCGCACGGUCCUGACCUUCUAAGAUCUGGAGAGGUGGGUGUUCUGUGCUGGGUGACGGUGACCUGAAACCUUCUUCCUGACAGUGCCCCCUGAGAUCACAACUCUGUCUCAGAAACACAUGCAGAAGUAGAUUCGGUGAAGAUAUAGAAGCACUGUUGAGUUUGACAAACCUUUGUAAUUUUAGUUUACCAAGUGCCGAGGAUUAGUAGGGAACUCAAUAGUAACAUUAAGUAUUUUGUGUUUUCUAAGGCUAUAAUUCUAUAUUUUUAUAAACUUAUACUUGGAUUUCUAUUUGUUAGAAAAGGGAUUGUUUGCAGAAUUCUGCCUGGUUGUUGGAACUUAAGGUAGACGCAAUGUGGAGAGAUGCAGUAAAUG